GAGAGAGAGGGGGGAGUGAGCGAGUUGAGAUUGUUUCUGUUUGCCACUAAAUUAAUCUUUUUUAUGGGACCUUGAAAUCCUUGUGCCUCAAAAACUCCUAGUGGGUCAUUCUUUCUUGUUUCUCGAGUCCUACUCUCCCACUUGUUGCUCUUUGGCUUUGCUGUCUCUCUGCUGCAUCUCUUACCUUUUCUUGUUUCCAAACUUAACCCUCCUUAAGACCCUUUCUUCUCUCUUUUCUAUGUACCAUCUUCCCUAUAUCCAAAGAAAGAUCCAUUCCAUACUGUGUUGGUAUUGGUUUAUUCUUGUUGGAGGCUACAAAGAUCAAUUCUGUUUAGUGGGAUAGUCCUUGUUUGUGUAAUGCAUGCAAGUAGGCAAGGGUGUUGCUGUUCCCUGGAAGGGAAGCUAUUUUCAUUCAAUUGAAGCAUCUGGGCAUUCUUGAUUUUUGAAAAGAUGAACUGGGUAUUGCUUGAAAUGGUUAUUCUGCUUAUUGGAUUGAUGGGUUGAUUUAGGGUCAGUUAAUGUUGUGGGCUUUGAGGCAAUCUCCGUGUUUUGGAUUGGUUUGAACUUAAUUUGUGUUUCUAUUGGUUGUAUUUUAGACUUUUUGUGAUUGAGAUUUCAUGCUUGGUCCAAGAAAAUGGAGAGGUUUAUGGCCAGAUUUUUAUUUCUUUUGCACUGAAAAAAUUAGUCAAAGAAUAUGAAGAACUUUCUCAAGAAGCUUCAUAUCAUGCCUAAUCAAUCAGAGGAUGCAGAGGGGUCAAAUUCAUCAAGAGGCCAUAAGUCCACUAAUGGAUCAUCCCCUGAUAAUAAGUCUUUGCAUUCUAGGUCCCAAGAGAAUAAACCCUUUUCUGGCCUUUCAAAUUGGUUAAGUUCAGUUGCUAAUAGAAAAAGUCCUAGUCCACCAUCAUCUUCAAAUGUGACUAGAGGAGAGAAGGUGGAGCAACCGGAGUCAAUUAGUAGUAGUGGUUUUGAUGUUGUUUCAGAAGCUGCAAGGCGUGAUUCAGGGUCUACCACCUCCAGGGAUCCUGAUAUUGAAGAGGAGUAUCAGAUACAGCUGGCUCUGGAGUUGAGUGCAAGUGAGGAUCCCGAGGCAGUUCAGAUUGAGGCUGUUAAGCAAAUAAGCUUGGGCUCUUGUGCACCCGAGAAUACUCCUGCUGAAGUCAUUGCUUAUCGAUAUUGGAAUUACAAUGCUCUUAGCUAUGAUGACAAGGUCUUGGAUGGUUUUUAUGACCUGUAUGGAAUCAUGACCGAGUCCACAACAGACAGAAUGCCUCCUCUCGUUGAUUUGCAAGGAACACCAGUCUCAGAUGGUGUCACCUGGGAAGCAGUGCUGGUCAAUAGGGCUGCUGAUGCUAGUUUGUUGAAACUUGAACAGAAGGCACUGGAGAUGACUGUCAAGUCAAGGUCAGAAUGUCAAAUUUUCAUUGGCAGUGCUUUGGUGGGAAGGCUUGCUGUUUUAGUUUCUGAUUACAUGGGUGGAUCAGUUGGGGAUCCCAGCAAUUUGUCAAGAGCAUGGCGCAGUCUUAGCUAUAGUUUGAAAGCAACCCUUGGUAGCAUGGUUUUGCCACUUGGUUCUCUUACAAUUGGCUUGCCUCGUCAUCGUGCAUUAAUGUUCAAGGUUUUGGCUGAUAGUGUUGGCAUACCAUGCCGGUUGGUAAAAGGGCAUCUGUACACUGGUUCUGAUGAUGUAGCUAUGAACUUUGUAAAGCUCGAUGAUGGAAGGGAAUACAUUGUUGAUCUAACAGCAGACCCUGGCACCCUUAUUCCUUCUGAUGCAGCUGGAUCACAUAUAGAAUACGAUGAGACAUUCUUUUCUUCCAGUCCUUUAUCUAGAGACAUUGACUCUUCUCAUAUAGCUUCUUCUAGUAGUGGACACACAAGUUCAUUUGAAGAACAUUCAGAACUUGGGACAUUGGAAAAGCAAUCCAGAUUGAGAAAUAUUGCUGCUGUAGGGAACCAAUCUGAUGGAAGAAGUGAAUCUCAUGAGGGGGCAAGUUUAACUAGGCCGAGUAAAAGUGGAGAAGAAUCUACGAUGUCUUCAGAUGAUUUUGGAAAAACUUCCAAUGCUGAGAAGGUGCCAGUGCGGGAGCUUCCUGGCAGACCUAUUUACCCUUAUGCACAUGCUCGCUCUCCUUCUUGGACUGAAGGUGUUAGUUCUCCUGCUGCCCGUAGAAUGAAAGUAAAAGAUGUUUCACAAUAUAUGAUUGAUGCUGCAAAAGAGAAUCCACAGUUAGCCCAGAAACUUCACGAUGUGUUGCUUGAAAGUGGUGUUGUUGCCCCCCCUAACCUGUUUACUGAAAUCUAUGCUGAACAGUUGGAUUUGUCUACUGCUGAGACCAAGUCCCCAACAGUAGAUAAGGUUGAUCACAAACAGAGGACUGAAAUCCGAAGUGUGAAGGAUCAAGAUGAUCUUGUUCCUGCUCGAUUUUUGCCUCCUCUGCCUCCUCAUAGGCUGCCAUAUAAAGCCAGUUCACCUGGUAAUCCACCUGAUCAAUCUAAACCUGUGGAGGGUUCAGGGGUCAACCAUCCUUUUGAUACAAGGGAGAUCACUGGACUACCCAUACCAUUGCAGUCUGAAGUUACUCCUGUGAAAUAUGUAAAAAAAGUUCCUGUAGCUGCUGCAGCUGCUGCCGCUGCAGCUGUUGUUGCAUCUUCUAUGGUUGUUGCUGCAGCAAAGUCAGGUACUGACUCAAACCUUGAACUACCAGUUGCAGCUGCUGCCACUGCCACAGCUGCAGCAGUGGUGGCAACCACAGCAGCUGUCAACAAGCAAUAUGAGCAGGGUGCACGGAGUGAUGGAGAUGCAGAUAGUGCUGGUUAUGAGCCACGAGGUAGUGGGGACAAGGGUAGUGGAGGACGCAGCAGUGAAGGCCAUGGCAGUGGUGGCCAAGAAUGUGAUGCUUUAGGUGCCAAUUCAGAAGGCGAGAGAAUAUCUGACAGAUCAGUUGGAAAUGAUAGCUCAAAGUCUGAUGCUGCGAUGGAUGAUGUUGCAGAGUGUGAGAUUCCAUGGGAUGAAAUUUCCUUGGGUGAACGUAUUGGACUUGGAUCAUAUGGAGAGGUAUAUCGUGGAGACUGGCAUGGAACAGAAGUUGCUGUGAAGAGGUUCCUAGACCAAGAUAUUACGGGUGAAUCUCUUGCAGAAUUCAGAAGUGAGGUUCGAAUCAUGAAGAGAGUCAGGCAUCCCAAUGUGGUUCUCUUCAUGGGAGCUGUAACUCGUGCCCCAAAUCUUUCAAUUGUUACAGAGUUUCUUCCUAGAGGUAGCUUGUAUAGAUUACUUCACCGGCCUAACAAUCAAUUGGAUGAGCGGAGGCGUUUGAGGAUGGCCUUUGAUGCUGCUCGGGGAAUGAAUUAUUUGCACAACUGCACCCCAAUGAUAGUACACCGAGAUUUGAAGUCCCCCAAUCUUCUGGUUGAUAAAAAUUGGGUAGUUAAGGUAUGUGAUUUUGGAUUAUCGAGGAUGAAGCACAGCACAUUUCUCUCUUCAAGAUCAACUGCAGGAACGGCUGAGUGGAUGGCCCCAGAAGUGCUAAGAAAUGAACCUUCAGACGAAAAGUGUGAUGUUUAUAGCUUCGGGGUUAUAUUGUGGGAGCUCUCUACAUUGCAACAACCAUGGGGUGGAAUGAACCCAAUGCAAGUUGUUGGUGCGGUUGGAUUUCAACAUCGCCGUCUCGACAUUCCAAAUGAUAUGGAUCCUACAAUUGCAGAUAUUAUUAGGAACUGCUGGAAGACAGAUCCAAAAUUAAGGCCAACAUUUGCAGAAAUCAUGGCUGCGCUGAAGCCAUUGCAGAAGCCUAUAACUGGUCCACAAGUGCCCAGACCAAAUGCAUCAUUGAGAAGUGGGCGUGAGAAGGUUCAGCUGUUUCAAGAAGCUGAAGACCAGGCAGGCUAGCAGAGCAAGUUGGAGACCAAACUGAACAUUAACUCAUUGGAUUGCCAAAAAUGGAGGCAAGUCGCGGACUUUGUGGGACAAGAAUGAGAGAGACUGGUCGAAGACCAGACAUAUACUUUGAUUUGAGAUGACUCUGAUUCUUUUUCUUUGUUUUUACCUUUCUUGUUUUAUAUUCUUGUUCAGCCAUUCUCAAGGUUGUAUAUUUGUUAGUAAAAAUUAAUUUGAAAAUUGUUGUAAUCAAUGUUUUGUUCUUCAA